AUGAAUGCUCUGAACGAACUCAGUUUGCUCGGAACUGGACAGAAUGGGAACAGUGCCUUAUCGCCGUCCUGGGGCGCGGCGCCCUUCAUGAGCAACGACCUGCAGUCCGCCCCCUGCCUGUUCAGAUGCUCCGAAUGUCCGGUCAUGAAGAACUCGUGCGAGGACUUGGAGAUUCAUAUCAAACUCGAACAUCUCAACUGGCUUCCGUUUCAGUGUCUUUUGUGCUCCUCCCGACGGGCCAGUGAUAAUCAGAUUAGAGAGCACGUAAUCUCCCAUCACAAAGUCAACGACUACCGAUACACAUACGUCGACAAUCCCAAUGCCAAGCGGGUGCUGCAGGGUGAGUGGUUUAGCCGGAUUUGGCCGCCAUCUCCGCUUUUUUGGCAGAUUUUAUAUUAGACUUGACAUCAAAUGGUUGUUGACGAAAAAUGAAGCCAAAUUUGCGGGAAACGAAACUGAAACCUUGCAAUUUUAGGUAUGAUUGACCGCUCAUUAACUGGCGCCAUUCAGCAGAUGGUCGCGCGUCGCGUCCAACAGCUUCAACAGAAGAACGGCGCCUUUUCUCCGAAGCCCGCGAAUGGUGUUGUGGCCGAACAGAAACGCAAAAAUCUUCAUGAUAUUCUGAGCAGAGCCUUGUCACACGAAAACGAGCCCGAAGAUCGGAACACGAGCAGCAGUGUGUCGCCGAGCGAGAGCACAGCCAGCGCAACAGCCACAGUUCUGAGCAAAAAUGGGUAAGAAUUUGAGAUUUUCAACGAUUUUUUUAUUUUCUUCCAUUCUCUUGAUGAAACUAACGCAAAAUUCUUUCAGAAAUCUUCUCAAUGACAACAAUGAACAUGAUCUCGAGAUUCAGGAAAAAGAAAUCGACUUUAAUUCGCAGUUAUCCAGCCUUUUCGGCAAUAAUGGACAUGUCUCUGAUAAAGAUGAUGAUGAAUUUGAUGGGAAUGUGUCCUCCUCGCUUCUGAAGACACUCGAAGCUUCAAUGGAGCGCAACAACGAGGAUGUGGAUCCGGCGACGCUGAUUCAGAACGUUUCCUCGCUCUUCAACGUCAAUUUCAACAGCCUGGUCAACGGGCAGAACAGUCCGGCGAAGCCGGCGGUGAAUAUUCACGGCAGAGUGAUCAAACGAAGGCCCGGAACCUCAACUCAGUGGUAUGUUUAACGAUAUUUUUUGGGGAUUUUCGAGAGUUUUUUCGGGUUUUCUUGACCAAAAUUUGAGCUGAUAGCAAGUAUAAUAUAGCCAUAUGGAAUUCAAAAUAAAACUGAGCGCUUUAGUUUCAGCGUGAGCAAGAAACGGGUGCUGGGCGAGUGCACGAAAUGCCAGAAGCCGGUGACGGCGGGCGCACGCCAAAUGCACAUGUUCUUCCAUCUGGGAAAGGACGAGAACACCUACCGAUUCAAGUGCAAGUUCGACGGCUGCGACGUGGAGCACUAUCGCAAGGAUCAGAUGGAGAACCACAUGUCCAAGCAGCACGGCCGAAUCGACCAUGACAUGAUGAUUGACCGCUCCGCCGAGCUGUACGACCGCGUCCAAAAGCUGAGCAUGGAGCUGUUGGGGACGGUCGGAAAUCAUCCCGGACCGAAUGCAGCCCGCGCCCAGGCCGCCUACAACAAGAUGCAGGCCGAGAAGGAGGAAACUCGAAAGCGGAAAAUGAAUGAUGACGACGCCGAGGAGGAGGGACCCAAUCCGUUGGACCUGCUGAGUCAGGUUUAUAGCCCAGCGACCAGUGAAAAAGCGACGCCAAAGGUGGUGCGGCCCGGAAAUGAAGAGAAUUUGGAGUGCCUGUUGUGUCAUAAGUUUAUUGUCAACAGGGUAAGUGGAUUUGAGAAUUUUUGGAGGGGUUUUGAUAGAAAAUUUUUGAAAUUUAUAUUUUUGAUGGGGAAUUUAUCUAACAGGGGAAGUACUCCUGUGCGACGCUCAGAUUUUCUUUAAAUUUUGCACACACGUCGGGUAUGGACAAAAUAUCAAUUCCUGAAAGUUUUAGCUCGCGCUUUGCGGGCGCCGCCGAGAUAUCGAACGAUUUUUCCCGCCGAGAGAGCACGCUAAACGUGGAGAGCGGUCAGAGAGAAAAGCGCUUUUUGGCCAUAACUUUGGCAGUUUCGUGCGGAAAAAUUUGAUUUUUUGUAGAAACGUUAUCCUUUACGGUUGAAAUGGGCAUGAAACUUUUCGUGCCGAAAUUCGGCAAAAAGUCCUAAAUUUUCGCCGAGUUUAUCUAAAAAUCUCGGUCGUUUCUGCAAAGCGCGAGCUAGGAUUCUCGCAUAUAUCUUAGAAAAAAUUAUUCUAAAUUUGUGCCAUUUCAUGAAAAUCUGAGCGUCGCACUUGGAGUACUUCCCCUGUUAGAUUUUUGAGGAGAAAUCUACCUAAAAUAAUGUUUUUUGAUCUGCAAUGAAAAUUUUUCGAGGCUUAUGAGAGAUUGAUUCCAUAUAUACAAUCUUUAACAUCUGACCUCCUUCUCUUUCAGACCCGCGGCUUCCACAUCCUCUGGCAUCUGUGCAACGACCUCGGAAUCAUCCGCUACUGCUGCCGCCUAUGCGACUACAAACACGAACGCCCCCAGUCCGUCUCCACGCACGGCAAGAAGGAGCACGGCCGCGAAGACGUGGUGGAGGACUCGCUGAACAAGUACGAAGAGGAGGUGAAGUCCAUGUCGAAGGCCUGCUUCGGCCUGGAGCAACUCUUCUCCAAAGAAAGCCGACGCCGCAAGGUGGGUAACCUUCUCGAGGAAAUUAUGAACCCCAACGAGGUUUCGGCAUAAAACCGUUUACUUUUUUUUUCUUUUUUGUUGAUGUUGUUUCAACUCUUGUCAUAAGGCCAAUUUCCUUUCUUCCAAAUUCGGGUGUGUAGUGGCAGAGGAGCAAAUUUUUUUUGAAGGAAUUUUGGGAGAGUUUAUGAUGAGAAAUUGGAAUUUUUCGCGAUAUUAGAGAUGAAAAUUAAUUUUUUUUCUAUAACAAAGCUGUUUUCUAUAGAGAUUGGAGCUAAUUUUUGCAUAAAAGGAAAGGAAAUUUGCAUUGGCAAGAAUUUACAUCAAAAAAUUUCAAAAUAUUCUCAAAAAUCACUCCCUGGGAAGCGCAUAGGAAAGGAAAUUGGCCUAAAGUAUCAUAGUCAUGUCAUAUAAAACUCAUUUCAAUCUGGUCUACCGAAUUUGAACCUCAUUUUUGUAACCGAAAACAUGUCAUUAGCAACUAUGUCAACAGGAAAAUUUUCACGCUUUCUUUUGCACCUCAAAUCCUCUGCUUUUUCUAUCAUUUCUCUGAUUAUUGGCAGUGACGUCAUAUCUCAAACUGUCACAUGGUACUUGUUUUUUUUUUAAUUUUGAAACUUGGAAUUCGAGUUUGUUCCGCAGAAAACAUCAUCAGCUAAAACAAUAUAUCGAUCUGUUUCUUCCACGGCUCUCUGAACUUUCAUCGGUCUACAUUUACAUCCACGACCUCAGGCGUUUAUUUUUCUUUUCUUUUUCUCUCGUUGCUAGAAUUGUUAAUUCGAAUUAUAAUUUUGCUUUGCAAUAAAAUUUAAUUUCGCUUCACGUCGUCAGUUUUAUUUUGGCUUUUGCAUUUGCAUUUUUUUACUGCUUGCUGGGCCUGUAUCAGUAGGAAAGGUGGCUUAUGACAUGACUUUGGCUUUGGGCACGGUUUGGGAGAGGUACACGCAGCUUAUGACCUUUCAAGGGAGAUGGUGUUGGUUUAAGUGGCCAUGGAUAAUAUAAGAGCGAAGGAAUAAGAGCGAAAAAAAUCUUCUGAAAAAAAUGCUUCAGCCUCUUUCUUUUUUUGUCGAAAGAGUCUCGAGCAGAUUCUCACCACUUGGGAAAGCGUCUGCCGUCACACUCUUUCUUCUCUUCUGGAGGAAGCGUCUGCGAGCAGGCUCUUCCCGACGUUUAUAAGCCCCGCCCCCUCGAUUUUGAGCCAAUCGCUGAGUUGGUGGUUUUCUUGCAGAAAACGGUUGUCUUGGGUGAAAAUUUUUGCCUUUUCAUUAUUCCGGUGAUUUGGGCAUGUUUUUAUUUGUUUUAGAACUGUGAUACGCCUAGCCUUACUAUGGCUGUCAUUUGAAGAUUCAAUUGAAAAUCAGAUACAUUCCUGGUUAACACAAAGGUUAAGAAAAUAUUUACAGAACAAGUUUCACAGAUAUAUUUAUGUGCAAUACAAGUAACAUCGAGUUACAUUUAGAUGUAGAGGGCCGCGGCGGAUUCUGCCCAUGGGCAUUCGUUUCCAUAUUCACGGUCUCCCUUUCUUCCCCGUUGUUACUGAGAUUGGCAGUGCAAUUUUGUGACAUUGAGGCUGAAUUUGGAAAAAUUAGUAACUUUUCGAAAAUUUUACAUCUAAAAUAACAUCAAAACUCCUGAAAACAACUCUCUCGGUCCUACUUAUUAUUGGCGCACCUGCAAACACUCACUAAACUGCACAUUUUACCUUAUUUUAGACAAAGAUACCUGAAAAUUUCAAAAAAAUCUCGAUUUUGACGUAGGCCUGCAAAAAAUUUCAAAAAUAUCAACUAAAUCACUAUUCAUACUUUCUUUCUCCGUCUCCUAGGUAUUUCAUCACUCACAAAAAACUGCACAAACUCAAAAAAUAAUAUUACUUUAGGUCCAAUCCGCUGAAAAGCCCAAAAACGCCUCAAAAAUCCCUUUCUUCUCCCUCAAAAGUCUAUGAAACUGUUACUUACUUUCCAUUCAACAAGUGGUGAAUAUCUCUGUCAUUGCUGGAUCCAGCUUCAUCAACUAUCACGAGGGCUUUAUCCAUGGAGACCAAAUUCUUCUUGUCGCAUUUAUAUCUAAAAUGUUAAAAACAAAAAAUUCUAACUUACAAAGUCGUCCGAAUUCAUCGCUGUAGCGAUCACGUACUGUUGAAGUCGAACAUCAAGUGGGCCUGAAAGGUGUAAAACAAGUUCAGAUAUGGAGUCCGCAGUUGGCCAAGUAGGAAAGAUUAGGCCUGAAAUUACGUAAAUAUGCUAGCAAAAUGAGGCAACUUACAUUUCGCCGCGUCGGUCCGCUCUUCUUCGUCAAAAUUCGCUAUCAUUCAUCGAUGAGCUAGGUUCACCUCCAUCUAUUGUUGUCGGCCACUUUUCUUCGGUCAAAACGACUGAAAAUUGUUCGGGCGCAAGCUGCGGAACCUUUUUUCGCUUGGGCUAGAGAAAUGAAGUUUUACCAACAACUUUGAUGCCAAAAAAGGACGACGAAGAUUGAUAUGCGAUUGAUGAAGGCCUGCAAACACCGCCCAUAAGAGGUUGAACUGGUUCUACUGCAAAUGAUGGACUCUGCCUCAAUUUCUGGACUCGGAAAAGGUACGUGGAAUGUUGAAUUGUUGAUAGUAUUGGUAACUUUUAGCCAAAAUAUCUCCUCAUGCGCAGCGAGAUGAUUGAAUAGCUCAUGUGGAAGACAAGCAUAAUAAUGAAGUGGCUGAUGAAGAAAAUGAAGUCUCUUUUCAAGAUGGUAAGUAGUUUUCUUCUGUUUUGCGUUGUUGUUUUAGGAAAGAUUCAACCGCCACACCGUCGUCAUCAAUCCGAUCACACAUGUGACCUACUAAGGAGACUUUUUGCUUCCGGCGACUAAACCCAAAUGUAGGCCCACGAAUACACCAAAGUCUCGGUUAGCUAGCUCCACCGAAUCCACUCAUGGCCAGCGGUUCAACAACUCCAUAGAUACGAGAGAAAGAACGCCUUCUUCCGGCCACUAUAAUAUUGCUAUUACCAUUCAGCCACCAUUGUUUAUUCUCUCUGUUUUCUCCUAUAUCUGCUUCUUAAAUAGAAGAGUUUAUUUUAUUGAUUAGAUAGUCAUUUAUUAUUUAUUUGAUAACGAAUGAACAAGAUUGUUUAAUUAAAUUAUAUUGUCAAAAGUUUUUCGCCAUUGUAAUAAAACAUGUUUCAAACAUCGUAUAUUUGAAAAGAAAAGUGCUUGAUUUACUAAAUUACAACAUUUUAAUUCGCCGUCUUCCUGGCUUUCCACAAAAAAACAAACUCCUGCAGAAGUGGGCGGAGCCAAUAGGCGGAAAGAGUCUCGACCCACACUCUUCCCCCACCUAGAUGGCGGGAGCGUCUGCUCGAGACUCUUUCCGCCUCUCAGAUUCUUUCCCAAAUGGGAAGAGUUCGUAAACACACUCUUCCGAACGAAAAGGAAAGAGGCUGAAGCAUUUUUUUCAGAAGAUUUUUUCCACUCUUAUUCCUUCACUCUUAUAUAAUGAGAAAAAAGCCGGAAUUAAUGUGUAAAGCAAUGUUUGAGUGAUGUAUUAUGAUAGUACAAAACCUUACUGUGUUAUUUUACAACUAGGGACUGUCGUGUUUUACCAAAAUUUGUGUGUUUUAAAUUUAACAUACCUCCAGUCUAACCCAAAAUUUCCAGAUCCCGAAACAGUCCUCGGAAGAGCAAGAACUGGAUGAUUACAAGUCCGUCGAGUCGUCGGCACCAUCAGGCCUCAAUUUAUAUAAUGGAGCGCUCACUCCGUCCAAAAAACCUAACUCCACAACAGGCACACCCAACACAAGCUCAUCAAAUUCGUCGAGAAAACGGAUCUCGAACAGAAGGUUUGGUACCAGGAAGGGGAAGUCGAAGCAACAGCGACAGGAAAUGGUCAAGUUGAGAGAGAUUAGCAUGAUGAUUGGAGGAGCUUCGUACUUCAAGAAGAAGACCAGUGAAUCGGUGAUUUGUGAGGUAAGUGGGAGUAAAAUAAGUCAAUCCAAAAUAGAAGAAAAAACUUCCCGCCUCUUUUUGGUGAUUCGUUCAAAACGAAAUGUCACUAACCGAUAAAAAGAAUUUUCUUAUCUUUCUUCUGUCUUUUCGAAAAAAUGCACUUAUUUAUUUCGGGCGAGAAAAAGUGGCGAUAAUUUCGCGACAUUUCGUCAAUUUAUGACCUCAGAAGACCAGAAACCCCCCUAAUCAUCUGCAUUGAGCCUUCAAUAAUAUUUUUUUUGUAGGAUUGUGGGAAAAAUGUGGUCUCCCGCAUCACCCAACAUGCCUAUGGUCAUAUGGAGUCAUGCCCCCUGUAUCUAUGCCCAUUGUGCGACAUGGGAGACCCGUGCCGAGCCAUGGUCAUCAAACAUCUCCGCGAUUUCCACAAUUCGUCCGCUUCGCCCAAGGAUAACCGCCUGAAGCACGCGAAUGACAUCAAAAUGACGAUCAAGCGAUGCUUCCCCGCCAUCUUUAUCGACGCCCCAAUCCCAACACAGGCCACCGUGGAGCGGCUGAAGAAGAGUUUGGGCCUCGGAGAUCAGGACCUGUCGUUGGAGGGAGAGGAAGAGCAUCAAGAGGAAGGAGAGUCCGACCACGAACCUCAAGAAGACGAAGAAGAAGCGGAAGAUGUGGAAAAUCAUGAAGACAUGAAGAUGGAAGCGGACGAAUCAGAGGGAGAAGAGCCGAACACGCCGGAAAAACCGAUAGAGGAUUCACAACCAGACCUCACGGCAGAGGUCUAA